CUGCAUUGAACACAUGUGUGAGUUCAUGCGAGCUGAUCAAAAGAUGGCUGCCUCCCUUCAUGCCGGCCGGUCCUGCUGUUUCGAUUCCUCUCGUAUGGUUUCGCCUUCGAAUUGCCACGUUUGAGACGCUGUCUUGCCACCUCCAUUGAUUGUGGAAUCGCGUGUACGCGCUUGAAGGAGAAUGGCUACCUUGGCUCCCCGCAUCCGGGACCAGCCUGAUAUCAGGGCGAGGAUCAGCAUCCACGACGAAUCUACGGACGACAUCAAAGAACAACUUCAAUUGGCCGACCAAAGACAAAGAGCUCUACUCCGGUCGCAACAGUCAUGGCAUUCUUCGGAUACGAAUGGUCCGCUGCAACGAGCUGUGUUGCGCAAGACGCGAACCGUGCCUGGUCGACCGGGCCAUCUUAGCGAUGAACCUAUUUCCGAUGCCCUACCAUGUCCGCUGAGGAGAUCCAACAGCUUGAACUCGCUGUCAACGUUACAUCGCGAAGCGGAUGCUGCUGCGUUGAGCUUGUAUCGAGGCUCCCCAAUCUCUGCAAUUAGCCCUCCAUGCGUCGGCCCUAUGUGGAAACCCAGCCUCGACUACGAGCCGCAAGACCCAUGUCCUCCAAGACCACCAGCGAGGGUAGAAACCCUCAGUGAUCACCGCAAACUACAGAAGAUCUUGAAGAAAUCGAGGAAAAGGGACAGAAAGACAGAGAAAGAGCAGGCAAAAGCACAGAAGCAAGAUGAACAAAUGCGGCGAGCAUUUCUAGCUGCUGAGGUCGCCGCAGCUCGGAAAAGGAACGAGCACACUCUUGCACAGAGCCUUCCUGUGCGCUCAAAAAGCACCAAGAGUAUUGCGUCCCAGUUAGCCAAGACCUUCAGUCUCGGCAAGCUCAGCCGACAGAGGAAGAACGAUAAGGCGGAUCCUCCGAGGCUUGCUGAUUUUGACAGCAAAGAUGAGCUCCGAGACUAUAUCAACCCAAUGCAACCUGUGUCGGACAAGGAGAUUGCUGAGCUUCCUGCAGAACUUCCUCAGUAUACACCCUUUCAGGAUUCGACUCGAACCCAGCACAAUGAGCCCGUCGUGUUGCUGGAGGAUAAUCCCGCACCUAGAGAAAAGGAGGGCGGCCUGAUCUCCAAGGACAACGAGCCGGACCCAAGACCAUCAAGGAGUAACUCGAGGUCGAUGAGGUGCGACCAUUGCCAGAGCCCAAUUCGUCUCAAUCAGCUUUACUAUCAUUGCUCUAUUUGCGAGGAUGGCGAUCGCAUGUUGUGUUCUUCUUGCGAUCAGGCUGGAUGGAGCUGCCGGCAUGAUAUCACCGAGAAGGUACGAAGUGUUUCUCGUACAACUCAACCGCGAAAAGCAGAAACUGUCUCUAUCGAACGAGAGCCGAAUUGCUCUGAGCAACGGCAACACGCGGCAGCCGUUGGGGAGCUGAAUGUGCCGACAUCUCCUGCUGGAACAUGCCGCUUGGCAGAUACCCAUCACCAAGCCACUAUGUCUGCUGGAAGUCCCUGGGCAUCCAAUGAUGCUUCUACACGCUCAGCGCCGAAGCAUCAUCAGUCUGCCAGCUCUCCCUCAAGACCCAACCACGAAAGAAACACGGAGGUCUGGAGGCGUGAGCAAGAUGUGGCAAUCCGUGAGAAGGAGAUUGUCCUCCGAGAGAGGGAAGCCACGAUGCGGGAACGGCAAGCUUCUCUCAGAGAACAAGAAGCCGCGCUCAAUGUGAGGACACAUCUCUUCGCUCUCGAAUUGCAGUCGGCUCUGGCAAAGCAAGCGCACGAAACGUCUAUCGGCGUUGGUGCACAAUUCCAGGAUCUAUCUCAGGUAGGGAGCCACAUCAGGACGCACGGCAACAAGCGCAAAGCAGGCGGCAGCCAAACUGGACUGUCACCAACCAACUCUACCACCUCGGGUCACCGGUCACCCUUAAAACGUUCUCCCAGUGACCGAGAGGGUCAGGACGCCUCUGAUGACGACAAGGAAGACAACGGAUCUGGAACGCCAAAGAAGAUGAAGCAUGAGCCUGAUGCUAUUGAAUCCCCGGAGAAAUUGUUCGCUUGCCCAUUCUGUAAAUAUGACAAAGCCAGGUACUCUGAGCGAAACGUCCAAGAAAAACACUACCGCGGCUGUGCCAGCGGCUAUUGGCCCGACAUAUCUCGUCUCAAGCAACAUCUGUAUCGUGUCCACUGGCGUCGGACACAUUGUGUUCGCUGCUAUGCCAAAUUUGACCGAAAAGAGCUCCUGGAUCAGCACGUUAGAGGGUCACAGCCUUGUGCGUUGGUCGAAUGCCCUUACCCGGAAAAGUUCGACGACGGACAAUACAACGACAUCCGCCGCAAGCGACCGGCAAAUACGCCAGAACAAGUCUGGUAUAUCAUCUAUGGCAUACUAUUUCCUAAUCAACCUCAACCAAGCAGCCCAUAUGCCGAUAACCUCAACGCACCAGCAGGAUCUCUGCAUAGCCCAUGUGUUCCAGAGCAGGACGCAAUGGAUGCGCUGGGUGAGGUAUUCGAGUCACGUCUUGACCAAUGCGUGGGCGCUUCCGACCAAGCAUGGCUUCAAUCGCCAGCAGCACGCGAGUUUAUACGGCAGCAACUGCGAUCGUCUAUGACAGAUGUUCUUGAAAGAAUGAAACCUGCCACUAGCCCUUCCGUAGGCAAUCCCUCAGUCGAAGUGUCGCCCUACUCGGCUGUGCCAUCAGAAGCAACUCGCCGAGCUUCAAUCUCCCUCACUCCGGUGACCUCCGUGCCGCCCUCUCCUGUCAAUGGAAAUGGUAUUGUGAGCCAGCCCGACUCAGACGCUCAAUUUUUGCUUCCGAGACAUCGCCAAAGCUUCAGCAGGCCGUUCCCUGCUAGAACACUAGAGCGUGUCAUGUCGGCACAGCCGAUGCAGCCUCCGACUGAUCAGCACGCUCGGGAGCGCCCGUCGACAAAUAUCACCUUUCCCAUAUCUCCAGUCGGUGACCCGGAAAAUGACCAGUAUGACGAGGAAUGUCACAGCUGGACUCAAGGAGACGAACGCGGCCUGGCUAUCUCGGGUGAUUUCAAUUUCGACUUCAACUCCGGGCUCGGAUCGGCGGCGCAAGAUUUGAACCAAGGAACAGCGGCGCCAUCCGAACCGCCUGUUUACAGCUUCCAUCCAGUGAGGCUUGAUAGCCUGGAGCAUACCUCUGUCCAGAGCGUUUCACGGUUGAAAGCCAACCACUCCAAUGCUUCCUCCGUAGACUCUGGUUAUGGGAGUUUUCACAAAUCAUCGUCGACUUCGUCUGCCCGCGCUGCUUCUGCUUCUGCUUCUACUGGGGCAAGGCCGACCAAUCGGCCAGUAAGGGGGAAGAUGAAAGGUAAGAACAUCAUACGAGAUGCCCGAGACUCUAGCCCUGUCCCGGAGUCAGCGAUCAAUUUUGAUGCACUGGAUGUAUCGUUUGAGGAGUUCCUUGGAGGUGCGCUGGAACCAGGAAUGGAUGAAUUCGGCAAUGUUGAACACAACAAUCUUUCGGAAUAUCAGUUGAGAUAUCCUGCUUUUUAGAACGAACGCUCCAUCUAAGGUAGCUGAUCAUGUAUCACGACACGGAAUGGAAAUGAUUGAAAACAUGGAUGUCGUUGUGUAUGAGAAGGAAAGGCGCAUGCAUGAUCUUCAUGAUUCCACUCUCCACCUUUCGGCUCUUCGUCGCCGGAUCCAAGUUAAGUUAGUUAGUCACCGCCUCGCCGCGUCAACUCC